AUGCAGUAUGAAAUUAUUCUUUUUCUGGCAAUAAUAGCAUAUGAUCGAUCAUAUGUUCAAGCAUCAAUCAAUGCUGCAACUUUUGGCCAUCAUUUUAUUGUACUUUUCCCAAAUAACAAUCAAAAUGGAAGUGAAAAACCAAUGAUUAGUGUUACUUUAAUGAAUCCAAAUAGUAAAGAAGUAUCAAUUGAAAUGAAAUAUGCUGAAAGUACUGAUAAUCAUUCGAUAGAUAUCCGAAUAAUCACUGUGAUUGUUCAAGCAAUGAAUUUUAUGGAAGUUCACUUCAAUCAAUCUUCUAUAAAUAACUGUAAAAAUGAUUCUUUCGUAAGGUUGGUGGAAUGUUCAGAUAGCAGAAUAUAUAUCACUUCAUCACAACUACCUAUUAGUGUCCUUUUAAACUGGUAUCUUAUUAAUGCUGGUGACAGUUUCAUUGUACUACCAUCGUCAAUGGCUACAAAUAAAUAUGCAUUUGCUGCACCAGCGCCUGCUGAUGAUGGUAUGACGACAGUAUAUUUCUUACCAUUAUCAGAUGGAAUGACAAUAAACGUAGUUGGGGAAAUUGAUGAAGUACCAUUCAACAGAUCAUUUUCACCGAAGCAUACCAAUGGGAAUUUAUUAGCAUUACAAGCAACGACUCACUUAGCAUUGGUCGCAAGCGCAACUAGUCCAUUUACAGUUAUUGUCGCAGUGGCAAAACUGAUAGCCUCAUCAGAUGAAACCAGGACUGACUUUGGUGCCUAUAUGCCUACCCCUCUUCUUGAUUCAGAAACAAUUUUCGAUCCUUACAAUGUCAACGAUUAUCACAUUUCGAUGUUGUAUACGGAGAAAUUCCUGGUGACAUCUGGCGAUGACUCAUUAUACGAUUCGCAAUUCACCGUAUUCAAUGAAAUGGAAAGUUCUAGGAUUUGUUCACUAACAGAUCAUUAUAACGAAGUGAAGUUGGAAGAAUACAGUUUGAAUGCAGGCAUUAAUUCCAGUUCGAUAAUGUUACAAGUACUACGAUAUGGUGGCACUGAGAAUGAAUUAAUCAAAGGGUCAUUUCUUGAUUUAAUUGUUGCAUGGUCACAAUUUGUUACUGGUCUAACUACCUUUGUUGUACCCACUGAUGAAAAUAUUGUUGCGAUCAUAGGUGACACUAAAGCAACAUCUUCUACUAUGGCUGGUCAUAAAAUUCCAACGGAAAUCAUCUGGAAUUGGGCACCAAUGACCUUUUAUAGCCAAAUAUUCUAUUACUCGACCAUGUCUCUACCAAAAGGAUUCUAUGUCAUAACAUCAGAUGGUUCAUAUAGCAUAUUUGUGAUUGGCAAGAAAAAUGAUGCGACAUACGGUUUCGUCACCGCCUAUAACAUGCAAACAUCGAAAGCUUUACCUGAAGUGAAGACAACUGUACAACCAAUAACAACCACCGAGAUGCCAUGUAAGGAUGUUUAG